UAAUGACCUGAGGUGUACUGACAGAGCAUGCAUACGCCCAUCUAUGAUCACAUACUACACACACACUAGGUAGACGUGAUGCUGAUGGCUGUGUUUUCUGGAAGCUGAUCUGAAUUUUCUGAUAAUAGCGCUGUAAAAGUUGAUACCAGGAUACACUCUUCUUCUGAAAUGUGGACAUAGGGGUCAUAAACACUUGGAGUGCAUUCCUUCACCUCGGGUUUCUGACCUGCUGCAACCAUGUUGAGACACUUUCCUCAGAUGCCAGCAAAGAUGCUGUAGACAAGAUUGAUCUGUUAAGGGAUGGCAGCAGUUCAGAGCUCUGGCUUUGAGGACCCCCACCUGGGGUCAUGCCCAGAUGGAGAUGAAAUCUCACUUUUGGAUGAAGACACAGACUCUGGAAGUUUGCUGUCUGAAGAUUCCGUGCUCCCUGAGUAUGAACUAGAGGAUGGGAAAAAGGGAACUGCCAACACACUGUAUGAGGCUUGUGUCCAGAAUGACCCAGAAGCGCUGAAGAGGAUUUUGGAACGUGGUGUGACCUGUGAUGAGGUCAUGGAAGUUGACAUUAAUGGAUGGAAUGGACUGAUGGUGGCUGCAUAUAAAGGCUUUCUUCAAAUAGUGUAUGAGCUGCAUGGGUGCCCACAUUUGAACAUUAACCACCAAGACAAUGACGGCAACACCGCCCUUAUGAUCGCCGCUCAAGCUGGUCAUGUCUCCAUAUGUAACUACAUCAUGAAUUACUUCCCUGGAGCAGACACAGAGAUCAGAGAUAACAGAGGAUUCACUGCCCUCAUUAAAGCUGCCAUACAGGGCAGGAAUGAUGUGGUGGCUGCUCUUAUAAUGCACGGUGCUGAUGUAAAUGCUGUAGACUCCAAUCGUGGUAAAUGUGCACGUGACUGGGCGCUGAAGACGGGCCGCUUUGACACGCUGAAACGACUGCGCCACCUUGCGCUCCAUCCCACAGCGGAGCAGUUCUGUGAUACCUACGUUCCCGAGUGGCCCAACCUCAAGGUGCUGGUCAGCAAAGCAACAGCCAACAGGAGUGCAGGUCAGAAGUUGACACAUCAUUUGAAGAAUAGGUUCGGUUUCAGCUUCCCACGUGACCCAGUGGAAAACGGUGUCAUGGAUCACAUGGUGCGAAUGACCACCAGUCUGCAUAGCCCACUCAUAGCUACAGCUACACGACCACUGUGCCCGAGCAGCCCUCCACAGAUGGGUAAACGGCGGCUGGCUGUGGCUGAGCUGAUGCAAAAGCACUCUGAGAAACUGCUGGAGGAGAGUUCACUGUGCCACCGAAACAGCUCCAUCUCCUCUGUGUCUCCAUCUUUCCAUUCAGCCGAGUUUGUGUCUAUGACCUGCUGUCCCGAUACUGAGAGACGGGGCAGUGUGCUGUCCAUUGGUAUGCGCACAUUCAUUCCUCGUAGCGUAGCAUCAAGGCGCAAUAGCAUUUUCCCCUCCGGCUGCAUCCCACAGAUCAAAGUCACCAAAUCCUCCGAGCCAACUCCGAAGAAAGAAAAGAAGAACAAAAAAGAUAAGGGCUACCUGGAGCCUCCAAAGUGGAAGUAUAAGGAGGCCAAGGAAGAGAAGAAGAAAGAGAAAAAAGCCUUGAAGGAAAAGGAAAAGGAGGAGAAGGACAAAGAGAAAAAAAGCAAAGACAAGGAGAAAAGAAAAAAGAAUAAAUACACUGACUGAAAGUGAUGCACUUUGGUUACAAUGUCUUCCCUUUAUUCAUAUCGAAGUCCCUUUAAGGCAAGUCAUUUCACUCAGUGGCCAUCUUUGAAAUGCCUACAGUUUAUAGUUGGAAUCAACAUUAAAAUUUAAUAACAGACUCGUAAGAUAAUAUAGAUUUCUUGACCUCAUUAUUUCCUCAUGGAGGUAAAUAUGUAAGAUGAAUUAGAAUCAGUCUAAAUUUAAUGAUCACUUAAAAUUGUAUUUCAUUUAUAAAAUGGAACCUUACAGUCUCUUAAGGACUUUCGGUUUAUAAAAGUUUGAAUCAUACACACACACACACACACACACACACACACACACACACACACACACACACACACACACACACACACACACACACACACAAAUUCAGGUUGCCCAAGCUGAUGCCGAUACACAUGUCCAAUCAUGCUAGUCUUCUGAAGUAACUUAUUCUUAAUGGCAAAUCUGCUCCACAAUCGACACUGACUGCUUUGUUUGUGUUUGCAUUUGUGUUUGAAUGGUGAAGGCAGGAAUUCAUGAGGUCAGACGGGACAGACUGUCCCUUAUGUUUGUUUCAAACACAAUCCAAACUCAUUAUGAAAACAUAUCGCUAUAUACAUUUCUGGAGAGUGCCAAAAACGUCCCAGGAGCCACAAUUUUUUUGCAGUUUUUGUUUUCAC